CCAGAGGGAGGGGAAGCAAGAAGAGUUCCGUCCUGGGUUACUGAAGGGCUCCUGCGAUUAAACGCAGACACGGUUGUGGACUGAGUGUUGAACCCAGGGCAGUUCUGAACACCAGCAAUUGGACUAACCCACUCUCAUGUUUUGCAGGGUCAGGCUUGUCAGUCACUUACCUAGGUGGAGCCCUGGCACCAAUCACAAGCUGUGGAAGCUGCGCUGCCUCCUGCCUCAGUGCCCAAAGCUGGGAGCCAAGAUGUCUGCAGGUCAGAGUCAGAAAGCUGAGACCUGGGACAAAGGCACCUUGCAAGAGCUGAAGGUGCCCUUUGCCAGGACUGAAACUGGGACCUUUUUCCAAGAGCAGCCCAGGAUUGGAAACCAGUACCUAGAAGAUGCUUUCCUUCAGCGUUACUUGAAAACACACCUGCCAUCCCAGGUGCUGGAGAAGGUGAGUCUGGAUCUGGAGAGGUUUGGGGCUCGUGUAACGGCCGAGAUUGACUCUCUGGGGCGUGAGUGCGAGUUGAAUCCUCCUGCACUGCUGCACUAUGAUGCUUGGGGGCGGCGUGUGGACCACAUUGUCACUUGCCCAGCCUGGAAGAGGAUGAAGGAGAUUGCAGCAGAGGAGGGGCUGAUCGCUGAGGCCUACGAGAGGAAAUACUCCAUCUGGAGCCGUGUGCAACAGGUUGCCAAGCUGUACCUAUAUGCACCCUCUGCUGGCCUUUUCACCUGCCCGCUGGCCAUGACUGAUGGAGCAGCUAAAGUAAUUGAGUCUCUGGGUAUUUCCGGGCCCCUAGCAAAAGCUUUUGGCCACCUGACCUCACGCGACCCCAAGAAGUUCUGGACCUCUGGCCAGUGGAUGACGGAACGCAAAGGAGGCUCUGAUGUUGCUAGUGGCACAGAGUCAGUGGCCAGAGAGCAGCCAGAUGGCACAUAUUGCCUCUACGGCUUUAAAUGGUUUACUUCAGCCACUGAUUCAGACAUGACGCUGACCCUAGCAAGGAUCAUGGAUGCUCAGGGACGUGUAGAACAGGGCUCCAAAGGUCUGUCCCUGUUCUUCCUGGAAGUGCGAGAUAAGCAGGGGAAGCUGAAUGGCAUUGAGGUGCAAAGGCUGAAGCAGAAGCUGGGGACCAGGCAGGUGCCAACAGCUGAGCUGCUGCUGGAUGGAUCCAAGGCACACCGGAUCUCUGCAGAGGGUCGGGGUGUGGCCUCCAUUGCCAACAUGUUGACCAUUACUAGGAUCCACAAUGUCAUCUCUGCAGUGGCUGGCAUGAGGAGGGUGAUUAACCUGGCCAGAGAGUAUGCCAGCAAGCGGGUCGUCUUUGGAAAGCUCAUCAAGGACCAUCCCUUGCACAUGCAAACCAUGGCCCGGCUGGAGGUGGAAACUCGGGGGGCCUUUCUCAUGCUCAUGGAGAUAGCCAGGCUGCUGGGAUUAGAGGAGACCAAGAUGGCCAGUGAGCAGGACCUGCAUCUUCUCAGGCUGCUGACGCCAGUCGCUAAGCUCUACACUGGGAAACAGGCGAUUGCUGUUAUUUCUGAGGGACUGGAAUGUUUUGGAGGGCAGGGCUACAUGGAGGACACAGGCUUGCCAGUCGCACUGCGAGAUGCCCAGGUGCUGACCAUCUGGGAGGGAACAACAAAUAUCCUCUCACUUGAUGUGCUGCGCUCUCUCACCAAAAGCCAAGGCCAGGUGCUAGCUGCAUUCUGCUCUGGAGUGCAGGGGAAGCUGGAGUUGGCUUCCAGCAUUUCAGAACUGGAAUCUUCUGUGCAGCUACUCCAGGAUGCUCUCCACAGGCUUGGCCAGUUCACUCAAAGAGUUGGCUCAAAAGGGGCAGUUGCAAUGGAGCUAGCAGCAAGAGACUUUGCCUACACUCUGGCAAGGAUCUACACAGGGGCUCUCUUACUCGAACACGCAGCCCAGCCUGAUGCCUCCUCCACAGACACCUACGCAGCUCAGAGGUGGUGCAAACAGGAUCUCUGCCCCGUAGACUCAGAAGAAAAAGCUGGCUGUUAUGAUGACAAGGCAGUUUCCAUGGAUACCUACUUGGUUUAUGAGGGAAACCCAGUUUUGAAAGGAAAGCUGUGACUUAACUGAAGCUAACUGAGAACAUCCAGACCUCACUUUGGAAGAGAAAUUGGAUUACAAUCCUGGCCAGUGCCUGGUGCGUCCAGCACAAAUUGCAUUUGCUUAUAGUGUGCUUAAUAUUUAGAGCGGUGUAAACAAAUGGGCUAUGACCAUCAGCUUAUCACUGAUCGUCUCUUUCAGGAGGUGUUGAAAAGAAAUGUGCUUAGAAUGUUUAAGGCAAACGUGGUGGUCAAAUGCAGAUAAUGAAUUUAAUAAGAAAACUCUGAAGUGCUAAUGAGUAUUCUUUUCAACACUGAGACAAGGAAACAGAACCAUAGCUACAUCUGAAGCCUGGUCUAAAACACAGAAGUUACAGAAGUUUAUAAAAUUGGUUUUUAGCUUUGCACCACUUCCCCACCCCCUCUCUCUGAGCCAACACCCGACAUCUGCAAUGUUGCCUCCAGCAACUUUGUGUGAGUGGAGAGUUCCCCUGCACAAGGGCAUUCUCCACUGGCCUCGUUAGCCACAAGAACCUGGUUUGAGCAUCUGGCCAGAUGAGGAAAGAUGAGCUCCUCUUUCCCAGGCAAUACCAAAAAGGGACAGAUAUGGGUCAGCAUGGUUAUAGGGGGGUGUUUGGUAGAGUUCCAGUUACCCUGUGGAUGGGUCUGAAAGAAAUGGCUACAUUUUAUUAGUGAGGAAGUGUACACAAGGAAUAGUUAAAUAGAAACUGAUGCUAUUGAGAUAUGCAUGUCACAAGACAGCCUCAUGCAGAGAAGUACUUUAGGGCAAGUCUACACUGCAAAAUUGUCAACCUAAGUUAUGCCAACGUACAGCCACUGCCGUAAUUGAAUCUGUUUUCAUGUCCACAUUUUGUUGCUUGUGUCAGCAGUGCACGUCCUCACCUGGAGUGCUUGCACCAAUUUAACUGCCAGCGUGGGACACGGUGGUUCAGUUCCUGACAGGCAGUAACAGUCCAUGGAAGCAACACAAUGUCUACAAUGACACUGCAUCCACCUAACUACAUCGACUUAAGCCCUGCACCUCUCGUGGAAGUGGAAUUAUUAAGUUGGUGUAAUGGGCGAGUUACAGCUAUGUGAGCUACAGUGUAGCGUAGAUGCUUAUAGAGUUAAGUCGCCGUACGCUUCCUCUGUCGUGUAACCCAGGCCUUAGUGUGUUAGAAGUUGAAUUGUUAAGGUACAGUACUGAGCCAAACUUAUCCCUAUAUGCUGUUUAAAAAUCAGACUUUGUUGAGAUCAAAUACACAAGGUAGCUGAUAAAAUUACAUCAGAAAUGUAAGACCUAAGCAAUCUUUUUUAUAAUUCUUAUCAAAUCAGUGCAAACAACUUAAAAUGUGAAACCGUUUCUUUGAACAAGAUGGUUGAGUGAUUUGGCUAUUCUGCAAUAAAGGAAUUGGGAAAAGGUUCAA